AUGCACAGCCUGAAGAGGAUUUCCAGGCCGCGGUGCAGGGAGGGGCCCGGCUAUGGCCGGCGACUCUCUGAGUUGAUGAGAAAGAAACUGGAAGGUGAAGGCAAUUCGCAUUCCCAGGGCCUGACACCGGCCCAGGGUCCUCGCGAGUCUUCAGCUGACGCCGAUACGCCGGGGACUGGUCUGGCCUGGACACCCCUUCUCUGGCGGCUCUUCUUCAGCUUCGGGUGGUUUCCUCGUGCGCACGUCUCUGGGAGCAGGCGAGAAGCUGCGGGGUUCCCUCUGCGGGUCCCCCGAAUUCUCCCUGUGAAACUCGCUGUGCCCCGGGACUUGGAAGGUGAGGACUCCAUUAGCACCCUGGGCCUGAUCCUCGGCGUGGGACUCUCGCUGCUGCUUGUGUCCAUCCUGGGCUACAGCCUGGCCAAGUGGUACCAGCGUGGGUACUGCUGGGAGGGGCCUAAUUUUGUCUUCAAUUUGUACCAGAUCCGGAACCUGAAGGAGCUGGAGGUGGGUCCACCUUUCACCAUCAGUGGCCAUGUCAGCAGUUCGGAUGGUGGCUACAUGAAGUUCUCCGACAGGCUAGUCUGAUGGGGGAGUGUCAGGCUCUGGAGCCCGGGAGAGGAGGAGGCUUCUGGGGAGGCACCUGCCCCUCAUGGGCUCCCCGGGCUGCCUUCAACCUCUGGAGUCUUGUUGUGGAUGAUGAGGAGUCACUCCAGGUGCACCAUAGGCCUGCAGCAGGAGGACCCCCAGGAGGUUCUCUGGACAGAGUCUGGUAGGGUAGCUCUGGCUUUCUCCUACAAACAAAAAGAUAGGCAUUUGCCCAGGAGUAGAGACUGGUUCCCAGGAGACCCUGAGCCUGGGGAGGGAUUCCAGGUGUCCUGGAGAACAAAGGCCUCCCAGCUCAGCCCAGUGUAGGCAAGGCCUGCAGCCCCACAGGGGAGCUCUCCACGGGACAUCCCCAGGCACUUCCCCUCGAAGGGCGGACUCCAGAGGUCGGAAAACCAGUCAUAUCUUUAAUAGGCAAAGUCAUGUGGGAGUGGAGGUGAUUCCAGAUGCUGUUUUUAACCUUCCUACCAGAAGCCAACUUCCUCUAAGAGCUGAAGACUGAUCUUGGCCUUUGCCCUGCCCUGUCCCAUUCUGUUGCUUUGUUCUGGUGCUUUCAACCUCCCCACACUUCUGUCUACCACUUGGCUUUGUUUUCCCUGCCGCUGACCAGCCUCAGUGCCUCCCAAACCAUUUGGAGGUCAGUGCUUAAAACAGUCUAGAAAUACAAUCUUAUUUUGUAGGCUUCCGUGAUGGGUGGGCAGGGGUCGGGGGCAGAGAGCUCAGUCUCCCUGUGUUCUGCAUUUCCUGUGCCAGGCUUGCCCUGUGAUGGGGAGGGCAGACUAGAAAUAGUGGGAGUCAGGGAGGGACCCACGCCAGGCUUAAAAAAAACCAACUAGGUAAUGCACAAGGGAAAUCACGAACCACAUGUAGGUUGGUGGACAGCAGCACUUUUUGCCUUGUGAGUCAUCGUUUUUUUCCUCUGGUCUGCCUUGCUGUGGUAUCCACACCCAGAUGUUGUCUUAGUAGGCCCUUAAUGCACUGUUAUUCCAUCCAGAGAGACUGCGCUCUCAGGGCAGCUGUGGAUGGAGCCGGGCCUGACAGGGGCCCAGCCCCUCCUGAAACCUGUAGUUAGAACUACCUGCCCAUGUCCCAGCACCAAGGCUGAGAAGAUGCAGGAGCCGAGGACAGUGAUGGGUGGGGAGGACAGAAGUCUUAGUAUUUGUCUUCCUAUCCUCACUUCCCCAGAGCCUGGUUUCUUUCUUGCUUUGGGUUCUAGCCAGUUGUGAAGAAAGGAAAAGUUAGGGGGAAGGGAGGGAGGAAGGGAGGAAG